AUGAUCAAAGAAUUUCUCUUCCUGGGAUCUGGGAAUCUCCAUGGGCUACAGUCUUUUCAUUUGGGGAUAUUUCUGGGCAUCUAUGUAGUGACCGUGCUGGGGAAUGUUUUCAUCCUCACAGCCAUUUCCUUUAAGCUCAGCCUCCACACCCCCAUGUAUUUCUUUUCGUCCAAUUUGUCCUUCCUUGACAUCUGGUCCACUACUUCCAUUGCCCCUAAGAUGCUGCAGACUCUCUCAGAUCCUGAGGCAGCUUCUUUUGCAGGUUGUGUGGCCCAGUUCUCCUUCAGUUCAUUAGCCGUAGUUGAGUGCUUUGUGCUGCCAGGCCGUGCCUUCGACCACUACCUUGCUAUCUGCAGCUCUCUCCAGUACCCAUCCCUCAUGAACCUCCACACGUGCAUUAUGUUUGCAAGUGGGCCUUGGCUGGAUGGAUUCCUAACCCCUGUGGUCACUGUCCUCAUGACUUUCCAGCUGCCAUCCUGUACAGCCUAUGAGAUUGGCCACUUCUUCAGUGACCUGGAUCCUCUACUAAAUCUGGCCUGUUCUGAUCCUGAGGUGGUGGAGAAGGCCACUUUCCUCCUGGCCUCCUUUGUCAUGGUGCCCAUCCUGCUCAGUCAGGCACUAGACAAAGUACUUGGGGAUUCAGGCCACUGCUUCUCCCUCUUCCAGGGAACUGGCCAGCAGAGCAGGGACCCUCCCUUGGGCCCUACAGCCUAA